AUGUCGUCUCCAACCAAACCCAAACCCGUUCUUCCUUGGAAAACUCGCCUUUCGAUUUCACUCGUAACGACUUUAACGGACGCUGCAUGCCGAUCUGACGGAACCAUUAACCGCCGUUUUCUUGGCGUCUUAGAUCGUAAAGCUUCCGCUAAAGCCACUCCUAUUAACGGCGUUUCAACCAAAGACGUUACCGUUAGUGACGAACAUAACGUUUGGUUCCGUCUCUACACACCCGCCGUAACCGUCGCCAAAGAUGGAUCUGACACCAAAACUGCAUCUCUUCCAGUGAUGAUUUUCUUUCACGGCGGUGGAUUUUCGCAUCUCUCCCCUGCCUCAAUCGGAUACGACGCCGUGUGCCGUAGAUUCUGCCGUAAAAUCUCCGCUGUUGUAGUCUCCGUCAACUACCGUCUCACUCCGGAGCAUCCUUAUCCGUCGCAAUACGACGAUGGAGAAUCCGUGUUGAAAUUUCUCGACGAGAACAAAUCUGUGUUACCGGAAAAUGCUGACGUGUCAAAAUGUUUCCUCGCCGGGGACAGUGCCGGUGCAAAUCUAGCACACCACGUGGCGGUUCGGGUCUGCAAAGCGGGGCUCCAGAGAAUCCGGGUCGUCGGGUUGAUUUCGAUCCAACCGUUCUUCGGGGGUGAGGAGCGGACGGAAGCCGAGAUUCGUCUCGAGGGAUCGCCGCUGGUGUCGAUGGCGAGGACUGAUUGGCUGUGGAAGGUGUUUUUGCCGGGAUCGGAUCGGGAUCAUGGUGCGGUUAAUGUCUGCGGGCCGAAUGCAGAGGAUUUGACGGGUUUGGAUUAUCCGGAUACUGUUGUUUUUGUGGGCGGAUUUGACCCGUUAAAUGAUUGGCAAAGGAGGUAUUGUGAUUGGUUGAAGAAAUCAGGAAAGAAUGCUGAGUUGAUUGAGUAUCCUAAUAUGAUUCAUGCUUUUUAUAUUUUUCCUGAUUUGCCUGAAGCUACUCAGUUGAUUAUGCAAGUUAAGGAUUUUAUUCACAAGAGAGUUUAA